GAUCGAGUCAGAGGGAGAACCACCACGUCUACUUCUUUUAAUCUGUUAGUCUUAUUGAACAGGCAGCGUAGUGUUUGUUAAUAUCUUGUAGUGAAUACAUUACUACAGUAUUGUAAUACAUUACAAUACUAACCUGAUCUAUAGAGUAAAACGCUCAAGAAACAACAACAAACAAAAAACAGAGUUUGUCUUAAGAAAAUGAACAGCAUGGGUGUCCGGGCCACGCUCGCCGUCCUCCUCCUGUUCAUAGCUACUGUGAAGGCUGCUGAAGGACAAGUAACAUUCUGGAGAGCAAAUUUCACAAUGACCUGUCCUGGUGAAGGGAAUUGGUUCAAGAAAGAAUCUGUCUUUAAUGGGAGAGAGUACACACAAGUUUAUGAUGGCAAUUCCAAAGGCUUAUACCGCUGUGAAUACGUUACUGUUGAAGGAAGUCAAUUAAAGAAGACAUAUUAUUUCUACGUGAAGGGGAAGGCGUGUGCAAACUGCUUUGAGCUGGACUCGUGGGUGGUUGGGCUGGCCAUUGUUCUGGACGUGUUGGGGACAGCAUUUGUGAUGAUGGUCAUUUACAGGUACACCAAGAAGAAAUACUCAGCUGGACCUAGUCAAGCUUCCAAAGCUCCUGCUCGUCCAGCAGGCCCCCACCAGGGUCCACCUGUCCCACACCCUGACUAUGCGCCACUGAAUCCUCGCACUCGCGCCCAUGAUGCUUAUGAUGUCGUCAACAGGAUGGGAUAAAGACAAGUCAUCUGUCUGCUCUGGGUCACUGGUUAAAAGGCUGCUCAUGCGAAGGCGACAUUCAUAAAAUACAUACACGAACAUCAGUCAUGCUCCCAGUAGCAUGCAUACACUGGCUUUUGCUCUCUUGGAUUUAGAGGGUCGCUUGACCCAAAUGGCAAAAAAAAUAUAUUACAUAGCCAGGCAAUGUAGUUCAGGUUUAAGUUGUCCAGGUAUGCUGCCACCACCGUGGUACAACAGAGCUGAAUGGCAUUUAAUUUGGGAUCCUCGCAGUAUUUACAAAUUUUAAAAAUUAAAAAUACAUUAAAAAACUACUUAGUGACUACUUUCUUACUGUCUUCCAAAGAAAUAGUCCACAUGAAAACUGUUGUCAGUGUAUAUGGUGGAUUAUUCUGAGAAACAGGUAUGUUGGUUCUGUGUGUUGCUGUACAUGAGUAUGUCCCAACCUCAGGGUACUUCUGCUUAAUAUACAUAAUAUACAGAUAAUGUUCUUUUGAUAUUGUCAACUGGUGUCGGCCUUAAAUGAUAUGAUGAAGCAUUGAGAUCAUAGUUAAAAGUGCUGUUAUACUGGACUGCAUUAUAUUCAGAGGUGUUUCUAAUAUCCUUCCCUUCUCAUGUAUGUAAAUAGAGAGAUUCAUUAACUAGAAUUUAACCUAGGACCUCACUAAUAAACAUAAUUGACUUAACACAUUUUCAACGUCCCAAACAUUUAAUAUUAUCAGCGUCGUUAAGAUAGAAUUUAUGGCAGAGCUGCUGGAUUUCAUUAGAUUGUACAGGUGUACCCAAAUAAAGUGAUCACUGAGUCUAUGCAGUAUAUGUUUUUGUAGUGUACUGACUCUGUAAUAUACAGCGUUGGCUGAGAGUCUAAUUUACAAUAGUGUCAUAGAUAAAAAAUCACUUUGUCGUGUCAAAUAGAGAGAUACCCGAAUACAUGUUUUCUGUACAUAUAUGUUUAUGUUGUCAGACAUGUAAAACAUUUCUGCACAAACUCAUUUUGCUGAUCACAUCAAGACGCUUACUGCAUUUUCUUGUCUGUUUUUCCGAUCUAAUCUGUUGUGUAAAUCUCCUUGUUACUGCAAUGGACACACACACAUGUCACUGAUGAAUAAACCACAGUCAGCAGUG